UGUAAGCGGUUUGACUGCUGCUAAGGUUUAUUAUACGCAAAAACUAUCAAGACGAAGGACUGCGGCGCAGUCAUUGAUAGUUAUCGUCCCCAGAACUACGCAACAAAGUACAGGGCUCAAUUGGCCUGUUUUGGAUGCCAUUCGGAUCAUGCCAGAGGAUGAGCAUCUCGCGACUGGCCACCAGGCCCAAACCUCGCCGCAUUCUUCAACCCGAUUUCCCUCCAUCCCUGUCCCGAUAAAACAUAUCUUUGACAAAUUUCCUUGGAAAACCUACCCGGCGCAUGAGCUACCACGACGUAUCGCAAGCCACGCGGGCAAGCAUACUCUGUAUAUAUUUACUACAGCCAGAGGGGCGGAAAAGGGGACUCCAUCAUUUAACCCGCAGUGUCUGAAGUGGCAGGCAUAUCUCAAAUUUGUCAGGAUUCCUUUUGAGAUUGUUUCCUCCAAUAAUCAUGCCUCCCCAACCGGCGCGCUUCCCUUCCUUCUACCCGGGUCUGGUUCCGUCGCGGCUCCAGGGGAACCUAUGGCGCCAAUCCCUUCAAAUAAGCUCCAAAAGUGGGCUAUCGAGCAAUCCCAUGUUGAGGAGGAACAACAGUUAACCAUGCGAUUUGAUGUGUAUUCGUCUCUUCUAGAUCAUAGGAUACGAAAUGCGUGGUUGUAUACAUUCUACGUAGACAGCCAAAACUUUAACAACAUGGGACGAAAGCUAUAUGUAGAUCCAUCGACAUCAAAUCCUCUCGUUCGCGCUGUAUUAGCCCACCAGCUUCAGCAAGCUGCCCGAAACGAACUCCUCAAAUCAUCUUCCUUCAUAGACGUGGACGAUCUCGAGGCGGAAGCCAAAAGCGCAUUCCAAGCGCUGUCUUCUUUACUAGGAGAGGAUGCCUACUUUUUUGGAAGACAGGAUCCCGGUCUAUUCGAUGCCAGCGUAUUCGCCUAUACUCAUUUAUUACUGGACGAUCACCUGAAUUGGAAACAGAACCCGCUUGGACGAUACCUCAGAAGGCAUACCAAUCUUGUACAACAUCGACAACGGCUAUUGGAUGCAUAUUUUUAGAGCAUCGUCGCCAAUCACGUUUAGUUCCAUUGUUUGUGUUGGACUGACAUCUCUUACCUAUACCCGAUGAUGUCACUACGAUAUCAAUAGGAGAAUAUUGGCAACUUCCAACCGCUAUUGCCCCUCAACUCUUUAAGCACGCAUGAAAAGUAUCAUACUAGUUAUAUUCGCCCUCCUUCCCUUAACACUCUUCUACAAUCCAACUCUCUUGUUCACCACAAAACUACAUACAUAGCUAUUCACUUCUUCCUAAAAUUUCCCCCAUACCACACCAACACCCCUAUCCACUUCCUCGCCCUCUUACCCAACUUCCCCGCCAAGUCCUCAUCAAUUCUCACCUCCUUAAUGUCACCCAAAACCUCAAAUCCAACCUUCUCUGCAGCCUCAACCAUCUCCUCAACUGUAUGUGUAUAGCUCGUCGGGCGAAUCUUAACCCCAGUGUUCGGGUCCACAAAUCCUGCCUGACUAAUCGACCCCAUUUCCGAAUGCAUAUUUGUCACCAGCAGCACGCCACCUCUCUUCAGCAUUCCAGCUGCGGCACCGAAGAAUUGGUCCAGCGGUACAUGUUCCAUCACAAGAGUUGAUAUGACGCCGCCCGCAUUCCCGAUGGCGGCUGACAACACCCCUCCUCCUCCAGCUCCUGUAGCGUCCAAGUCAAGCAAGUUAUAAAGAUGGAAACUCACACGCUCUUCAUUAUAUCGACUGUACACCUUGUUCCUCGGUUGCUUCUACCGCUGUGGAUGCGAAGCUCUCCGUACUCUUGGUUCCAAGAAAUUUGGAUACCCUGUCCCGAGCAGUCUGAAGCAUCUUGCUCGACGGUUCCAACCCCACGAUCAUGGCCGUGGCUCUGGCGGUCCGGGUGAGCGGGACGGUGUUCCGACCCGUGCCACAGCCAAGAUCGAUGAGUUUGGGUCCAACGUCAUCAUUAUUCCCGUUCUUAUUUGUUUCGAGCAGCGAAUGGAAUCUCGGGAGGAGUGAUUGCAUCUCGAGCGUGUCUAGGGCUUGGAGGAAGUUUCCAUCUGUGUCGUAGACCUUUCUUCUUGCCUUGAUCCCUUUGUGUGUUUCAGGGGGAGAGGGGAUUAGAAAGCUAUGUGUUUUAUGUGUCUGCUUCAAUGUAUUGUGUAUAUUAAUUGUGCCUUUUCCAUUUGUUCGGGCUGGGAUAUGUACUGUAAAAACUAUAGAGGAUCUAUAAAUAUGCAUAGCGAAAGAACGAAUAGACUUUUUUUCUUCUUUUUUUAUUUUUUGUGUGUAUGUUUUCUUUUGCCUGGCCUUCGAAAUCUCGCUGGACACGAAAAGCCCUGCCUGCUAUGCAAGUUUUAUCCCAUUCCCCAUAUGCUAACGAUAAAGCUGGAAUGCACGAAGCUAGAACAGAGAAACAUAGUCCGAUGAAUAGAAAGAAAAAGGGGGGGUUCUCACCUCAGCCCACCGAUCAUACGCAUCGAUCGUAUCCAUAUACUGAAUCUGUUUCCCUUUCGCAGCCGUAGCUAUCGGGGGUAUGGAAAUCGAAGUAUUGGUCAUUGCCUGGUUCUGGAUUGUAAAGUUGUGUUAUACUGACGGGGAUGUCGAAUAGGGACCAACUUCUGUGUAUUGUCGGUAAGAACUGUCUUGCCUUUAAGCAGUUUUUAGUUACGGGGAGUAAGAAGAAUAAAUGGAAUAAGUAUGGAGUAAU